CUGACCCGGUACGAAACGCGUUUGCUAUGCGAGAACACGACAGACCUUGUUCAACUGUCCGUCGUCGACAUAAAUGGCCUUUUCGAGCGGGCAGACGUAGAGCGGACUGGACGAGUAUCUGUACAACAGUUUCUUGCUCAGUAUCGUCUUCAAAAGCGGCUCAGUGCUGAGGUUCAUUUUAUUGCUGAUUCGUUCGUUUCUUCGCUCAAUCUUUUUGAAGCUCUUGACUCGACAAAUUCGGGUACCAUAGAUUCUCAUGACUUGCUUGAAUACUGGAACAAGGCUGGACUACGGGUAGAUGAGGGCAUUGCCGUUCUUAAGGAGUCUGGACAGCCAAUGAGUGGCAGUAUCAAUGCCGUUUACUUGUCUGGUUUCUUGGAACGGGAGUUGUCGAGAUCUACGUCUGAGGCGCCUGUGUCGACGGAAGAACGGUAUCGCGCUCGGUAUCUUCAGAUGGAAGACAAGUUUCGCCUCGACAAGCGAGAGAUUCAGAAUGAAGUUGAACAACUGGAGGAGGAACUUUCACGGUUGCGACAGGUUGAGACAUCCACCAAAAACAAAGCUAUGUUGCUUGAGCGUCAGAACACUCGACUGCUAGAAGAAAAUCGAGAACAGUCUGAAGCUAUAGGUCACUUAGAGCAGCUUAACAGGCAACUUCGUACGGAAUUGAGCAAGGCCAUGCAACCUCGCCCCGUAGAGGACAAUACCCAGUUGAUUAUGUAUAAACAAAAACUGGAAAUUGUUGUUGCUCACAACAAGCGAUUACGGGAGAGAAUUCAAGAUCUUACUGCUUCUCAAAAGAAAAAGUCGAAGGCUAAUGAUGGUGAACCGUUCUCAUUGAAAUGGAGUGGCGCAUUCCGAAGCCAGGUAAUGUUGAUUAGGAAACGAAGGUUAGCUAAAGGAGACACUCUUUCUGAAAUGGAAAGCGAGCCCGAAUCUAUCUUCGUGCGGCAUCGUCGGCGAAAGCUUUUGAAAAGAAAGGAGAGAAAACUGAGAUACGAACGAAUUGCUUCACGCAUUCUAGUGCAAGAUUCAGAUGAAACAGAGUCAUCGAAAGCAACUGGCGCAGACAGUGGCCGUCUUGGGAGCGAGCUGAAUCGUCUGCGAAAUGAUCACAAACAGGAGUUGAUCGCCGUACGACAAACAGCAGCAAAAACCCUGGCUGAGGCGCUAAACGAUCAGCAGAAGCAACUUAAUUUACAAUUGGAGCGAGAGCGACGACAGUGGGAAGUGCGGCUUGUAAGUGAGAAGAAUCAGUUGGAGAAGAACUUUGCCGAGGAGAAGAUGAAGCUGAUGAAUCGGUUGCAGGAGGAUUUUGACGCAGAGUUGCAACGCAUAUCAUCUAUCGUCAACCGACCGGAGAACGGUACUGCCGCUGAGCAUUACAAACGUCAGAUUAAGACUCUCGAAUCUUCUCUCGAAAGCCAAAAGAAGAGUUAUGAACGACGAUUGGCUGAGCUUCGAGAGCGAUUCAAAAAUUCACUUCGUUCCCACAACAAUGUUUACCUCUCCGAAAGCAGUACACCGAACUUCUUCUCUCUCGUAGAAAAAUACAAAAAUGCCGGCCCAUCUCCCUCGAACGCCAUCGAACCAUAUGUUACCUCGCGAUCAUCGCUCAGUGUGGAAAAGCGCAGCCAACCCGCCAAUCAUCCUUUCCAACGAUCUUUCUCGAACAUGGUUGGCCGCUGUGAGAAAUGUGAAUUGGCUGAAAUGAGAUUGCGCGAAAUCUACCACACUGUGAUCGGUGAUCAUACGUUGGCAGAGAGUGGAAUCGAAGAUCUUGGUUCAAGCGCAGGAAGUCUAGCUGAUGAUAAAAUCGCUCUGAAACGGGAAGUACGGAAGCUUAAAGGUCGUUUGGAUGCCACGAAGGAAAAGCUGUCGGAACUGCGUAUGCUACUAUCGAUGCCAUCGUCCCGGUAUAAAUGCAGCCUUGGUGGGAGUGAGGGCAGCGGCGGAGAUUUGAGACGAGCGCCUUUUCGAGCAGCUGAGGCGACCGCACUCAUCGAGAAGUUGGAGAGUGAAAAAGUGAUUUUGGAGGCGCGAUUAUCGGAAGCUCAGCAACUCAUCAAAAGCCUUGUUGAGCAGUACAAUACCCAGCUCGACGAAACAGCUCGUGUAGGUGCGAUUCUGCGAGAUGUCUACCUGCAUCCGAACGUGUCGUCAGAUAUCUCUCAUAAGACACCCAGCUGA